AGAGAUGCACAUGUGUAUGAUGUGUAUUGAGGAAGUUAGCAGAGCACCUCAGCUGAAACAAAGUAAACCAACCUUGGAGAUAAUAACAGACACCAGCAGCGUCCAAACAUGCAACCACCACCCAGAAAGGUGAAGGAGAGUCAGCAGGUGAAGCUGGUGUUUUCAGAGCAGCUCAGUAAACUGCAGAGCAAACAGCAUCAGGACACUGAGCUGCUGGAGGAGAUCAGGACCUUCAGCAAGCACCGCGCGGCGAUAGAGAAGGAGUACGGUCAGGCUCUUCAGAGAUUAGCUGUUCAGUACCAGAAGAGAGACUGGCAGAGAGGAAAUACACAUGUUAUCACUUCUGGCAGUGUGUUUGGCGCGUGGCGCUCCGUGGUGGACGCCACAGCUCAGGCGGCUGCGUCACGACUCGCUGCUGCAGAGGAAUACCGCACACUGAGCGGACAAGCGUCCAGAAGUGUUCGCAAUGCAAAGGACAUCCGAGCUAAGAGAGGUCUGGAGCAGCUGCAGACGGUGCAGGGUGAAGUCGUCGAUGCUCUGCGCGAGCUGCACAGACUGAAGAAGAGCUACCACCAGCUGAGUCACAUUGCCAGUGUUGCCAGAGACAAAGCUGCUGAUGCACACAGCAGAGCCAAAAAGAGUGAACAUGGGAUUUUUCACUUUAAAUCAGGAUUACAUAAACUCACUGCUAAGCUCACUGCCAGGCUGAAAGAGUGUGAUGACCGUUUGACUGAAGUCCGUAAUGACUACCUGUUAGCUUUAGCAGCAGUGAAUGCUCAUCACCAGAGCUACUAUACAGACGACUUACCCCGGAUUAUGGAGAUGGACGGCAGCGUUUAUGAUGAUCUGAGGAACCAUUUCACGCUGGUGUGUGGAACCGAGAUGGAUUUCUGUCUGAGCACACACAGACACUACAGCAACAUAUGGGACAGUCUGGCUAAGGUGACCCGGGAGAAAAACAUCCAGCAGUUUCUGCAAGAAUCUGUGGUAUUCAGUAAAACCACUGAAUUCCUAUUCCAGCCUGCACCACGUGACAAGGUGUCGUCUCUGCAGGAAGUCUGUGCUUCAGAGGCUGACGGUUGUCUGGUGAAGGAGGCCAAGAAGUGGGCGGGGAAAGCUGCCAAAGACUAUAAAAUCAUCACCCACGGAGAGAGGGCUCUGCAGGUGUUAGAGAGUCGGCUGAUGCUGUUGUCGGGGGAGACGGGGCUCAGUGUGGAGCAGAAGAUCACAGAGGUGCAGGACAGCGUCAGGAAAGCCAAGCUCAGCAGGAUGAAGGCGGACGCUCGUCUGACUCUGUUGUCAGACAAAGUCUCAGGAAUUGAAGAGUGGCGUCACGACGCCAUGAAGCAGGCGGAGGAGGAGCUGGAGAGAGAGCGACGGCUCAGUGAACAGAGGAAGUCGACCGAGGACUUCUCAGAGGACGAGUUUGAGUUGACUGACUUUGAGGACUAUGAUGAUGAGAAUGUGGACAUCUUUGCAGAUCCAGGAUCAGCGUCUGGAGUGUGCAUUUAUCCUGCAGCCUGCAGAGUCAUCUAUAGUUAUCAGGCUAGCCAGUCAGAUGAGCUGUCAAUCAUGGAAGGGGAGGAGCUCCAUGUGAUAGAAGAUGGAGACAUGGAGGACUGGCUGAAGGUGUGUAAUGCAUGUGGUCAGGUGGGCUACGUUCCUGAGCGAUAUGUGCAGUUACUGUGUCUACAAGCAGAGGGCGCUGUUCAGCUGGACGCUUCCUUCAGCUCCAUCUCAUCCACUGGGAAUAAAGAGACGACAGGAAGCAGAGGUGUAGCCAGAGCUCUGUACUCUUACCAGGCCCAGAGUGCAGAGGAGCUUUCCUUUCAGGAGGGGGCGCUCAUCCACCUGAUACGCUGUCGCCAUGGAGAGGUGGACGAUGGUUUCUGGGAGGGCGAGCUGAACGGACAGGUCGGUCUCUUCCCGUCGUUGGUGGUGGAGCUCGUACGUGAGGAGGAGAAACCAGAAGAAGACCCUCUCCUCACCCCGACCAUGCCUCCCUUUUCUCCCCCCAUCCCAGUUCCCCCAACCCCUGGCUGUAGCUCUCCAGUCACUAAUACGCCCCCUAUCUGUGCUGAGGACAAACAGCAGGUCUUUUUUCCAAGGCUCGCAGACAAAGGUAACUUGCUCCUCCCCCUUGUGUUUUCCCGCCACUGUGAUUGUCGCCCCGCCCUGAUUGUGUCCACCUGUUCCUCAUUACCGUGUGUAUAUUAUGGUCUGUUGUCAGGUCAGGUUCUUGUUCUUUUGUUUGUUUCUUUGUUUUUUCUAGAACUUUUUCCUGCGAGUGGGUUUUUGUUGCACUUUGAAAAUAAAACUUUUUCCUGUCUCCUGAGUUGUGUGAUUGGGCUCCAGCAGUUCUUUUCUCUUUGUUUGUGAGUGUGAUAGUGUCCUCUGAUUUGUCUUUGUCU